CGUACAGAUGUGCAGAUAGAGCGUUCUUGCUUCUCUGAGUAUGCUGCAUACUAGCUUGCCCCAAGAUCUGCAGCUUUGUAUACAUGGCUGGUUCCAGGCAGUCACAUGGUGGUAGUGUGAGCCCUAUCGGUAGUGAGAUGAUGUGUAGGAACUUUGGGAUGUUUGCCAAACCCCCUCAUUUCCUCCUACUGUCCCUCAGAACGGGAACUGGAGACAAGGCAGGCAUAUAGCCUUCAACUUCAGAUAUCAUGUCCGACAUUCUACAAUACGUUGUGCCAGCUCUAAACGAGCUCAAAGCGCCCAAAGGGCUUAUGAUCCUUGGGGUUCUAGGGGUCCUAAGUCAUAGGUUUUACUUCGUCCGUGGGGAGCACCACCUCCAGGCACCUAUAUAUCUAAAAUUAUGGAUUCUUGCGUCUGUCGCAUUGAUAUCUACAAUUCUCGUGGCUGAGACAUCUGAGCUCGGUUCUGACCCAUCUGAGGCUGGCCUAGAUGCAGUUCUAACUACCGGACUCCUCAAUCUUUCCUUCUUCGGACCUCUGUUUACGAGUAUUGCGAUAUACCGUCUCUUCGAACACCGUUUAAGGCACUUCAAAGGCCCACGGUUGGCCGCAGUCUCUAAGUUCUGGCAUUUCUGGAAAAUCCUAUUCGUUUCAAAUCAUGAAGUCCUUGAUCAACUCUACCAUAAGUAUGGAAAGAUCAUCAGAACAGGACCCCAGGAGCUGACCAUAAUCGACCCUGAUGCUUUUGACGCAAUUGCUGGCGCAAGGACAACAUGCAUCAAGGCGCCUUGGUACGACAUGAUGCAUCCUUACGUAUCAGUAAACUCCAUCCGCACCAAGGAGGGCCAUGGUCCCCGUCGCAAGCGUUGGGAUGAAGCUCUUCAACUUUCUUCUAUGUAUGUGCCAGACAAGCAAGUUCGAAUCCAACACUACGCGGGGCAACUGCUUCGCCAUAUUAAGGCGUCAGGAACAAAACCCCUGAACAUGACCACAUGGUAUCAUCACUUCUCUUUUGACUUCAUGGGUGAGAUGGCGUUCGGUUACUCGUUUGGUCUUACAGACGACACAAGCGCAUCGACCGCAACCAACGAGCUAGCAGAAGUACCUACUCUAGUCUCGCAAGGUAUCGGAAUGUUGCAAUUCUUCACCCCAAUGCCAUGGAUUGGUCAACUCAGCUUUUCAUUCGCCCCUUAUCUGCCGUUAGUAAGCGCAAGCUGGAACAAGACAAUGGCUUGGGCAGCCAAGACUUGCGAUUCGAGGCUCGCGAAAUUCUCUGGUAACAAGGAAAAUGAUAUAGACGCCAUUAGCGGUCAAGGGGAUGCUUUUGCUCGCUUCAUUCGCCAAGCCGCGCGCGAUAACGAUCUCAAGUCACUCGACCGCCUAGCUCUCUACGGCGAUGCAUUCCUUAUUACUGUCGCAGGUAGUCAUACGACUGCUUUGACGCUAACAAUGGUCUCUUACGAACUGGCCCGUAAACCAGAGCUACAGAAGAAGCUUCGAGAGGAGAUAACUGCUUCGGGUGCUGUGCGCCUACACCCGGACGGUGGUAUGCGUUUUGAGAAGCUUGAUGUCACGAUUAUUGACAAGCUGCCGUUCCUCAAUGGAUGUAUUAAUGAAUCCUUGAGACUCUAUCCUGCAGUGCCGACUGGCGGCAUAAAGCAGACGGUCGAUAAGGCCAUUACUAUCUGCGGCCAGGUCAUCCCACCUGAUACAGUCAUUGUUGCACCUCGAUGGUCCAUCGGUAGAUCGGAAUCCUCAUUUGAGCGACCUAACGAGUUUAUCCCUGAGAGAUGGACAACGGAGUCGCACCUAGUCAAAGAUGCGCGAGCAUUGAACGGGUUUGGUAUCGGUCGCCAUGUGUGCCCGGGAAAACAGCUGGGAUUGACCGAGAUUCGUAUCGUUCUUGCUAUGGUGGUCUCAAACUUUUCAUGGGCAUUCGCCGCCGAUGAGAAGAACCCCACCAAUGUUGCAGAUAAAUAUCUUGACUCUUACAUAGGAAGUGUCGGAGCUUUGAAUCUUGUUUUCACUCCCCUUUCUUGAGGGAUUCAUCAUCGGCAAACAGGGGAAACACGAAUCGAGGCAUGAAAGAUGUAUGGCAUAAAGGCUAAGCGGCAAGGUCUACGAGGACCUGCAACUGACUAAAUU